GGGCAGGCAGGCGGCGAUGUGGCCGCUGCCAUGCGUAUCACCCUGGCGCUUGUUCCUGGCCCGCACCGGCCGAGUCCCCCUUCGGGCCGGGCGCUGCGCGGCCUCGCGCUUCCCCGGUGGCGCCGACGAGCUGCGGGGCGAGCCGGACAGCUUCGGGGGCGUCUCGGUGCACCUGACGCCGCUGGGCGCGCUGGGCCACCUGGACGCCGCCGCCUUCCUCGCGGCCUUACGGGCUGCAAUACAGCAGUGGCGAUCGGAAGGUAGAGUAGCAGUAUGGCUACACAUUCCUAUCCUCCAGAGCCGAUUCAUUGCCCCUGCUGCGGCCCUGGGCUUCUGCUUCCACCACGCGGAAUCCGAUUCGUCAACUCUGACUCUGUGGCUGGGAGAAGGGCCCAGCAGAUUGCCUGGUUAUGCCACACAUCAAGUAGGAGUUGCAGGAGCUGUAUUUGAUGAAAACACUAGGAAAGUACUAGUCGUGCAAGACCGAAAUAAAUUACCAAACACAUGGAAGUUUCCGGGAGGCCUGUCAGAGCCUGGAGAAGAUAUUGGGGACACGGCAGUUCGAGAAGUGUUUGAAGAGACGGGGAUAACAUCAGAAUUCAGGUCCCUCCUGAGUAUUCGACAGCAGCACAGGAGUCCGGGCGCUUUCGGGAAAUCAGAUAUGUAUGUCAUCUGCCGCCUUAGCCCACGCUCGCUCACCAUAGACUUUUGCCAUCACGAAUGCCUGAGGUGCGAGUGGAUGGAUCUCAAUGCCCUCGCCAAGACCCAAGAUACCACUCUCAUCACCCGCAGAGCCGCCAGGCUGCUGCUCUAUGGGUCCAGAGAAGGGUUUGACAAGAUUGAUCUCACCAUGGAAGAGCUGCCGGCAGUGUACCCGGGCCUGCUGUAUAAACUCUAUCACAAACACCUGCCAGACAAUUACAAAACCAUGACAGGAAUAGAUUAAAUCCACAUUCAUGUGUCCUACAAAUGUUUCAACCAGUCACACAGAUAGAUGAGUGCAGAAGACAUGAGAGUUGGGGUGGGUUAAAUGCCUGAUGCUAUUGUUUUCUUCCUGUAGAUGAUUUCUAUGAUAACAAUUUGUAAACACACAUUUUAAUCCUCUUAAAAAUCAAACAAAUAAUAUGAAAAAUAUUGUAGCUGUAGCUAAUCUUCACUGGUUGCCAGCAGAAAA